AUGGCUGUAGCUUCUACACCUCGUGUUAAACUGCUUUCUUCUGAUCAAGAAGUCUUUGAAGUUGAUCGUGAUGUUAUUCGUCUAUCCAAUACAUUGAACACCAUGAUCAUCGAUCUAGGAUUGGAUUCCAGCGAUCUAGUUGAGAUGGAGCCCGUACCAGUCCAAUGCGUCAACGGUGCUGUAUUGAAAAAAGUUAUUCAAUGGUGCUCAUACCACAAAGAUGAUGAACCAGAAGAUGAUAAGGACUCUCGAGAAAAACGACUAGAUGACAUUCCGUCCUGGGACGUCGAGUUUCUUAAAGUUGAUCAAGCGACAUUGUUCGAAAUUAUUUUGGCAGCCAACUACCUUGACAUUCCUGGACUUCUUGAUGUGACUUGCAAAUCAGUAGCAAAUCUCAUUAAGGGAAAAGGACCAGAGGAGAUCAGACGCACCUUCAACAUUCUCAAUGAUUUCUCACAAGAAGAAGAAGAGCAAAUCCGCAAAGAAAAUGCCUGGUGUGAGGAUUAA